AUGACCAUCACCGCCCUCAUCCACGCCUAUCGCAAACCGGGCCUCUCAGUCGAUGAUUUUAAGAAGCACUACGAAGCACAUGUUGAUCUCCUUGAACGCCUGACCGCCGAUGAUUUCCCGCUCUCGCAUAAACGGACAUAUGUUGCUCGCAACUCCGUUGAGACUGCCCCCGAUGGAGCAUCCUCCCGCAAUGCCACAACUCCGGCAAUCUUGCUUGCCGGCCACCAGGCAGAUUUCGACUUUGACGCUUAUGCGGAAUUAAUAUUUGCGGACCAAAUUUCUCUUGCAGCCUUUGCAGCUAAGACUCAGACUCCGGAGGCGGCAGCCCAGAUUGCUGCAGAUGAGGAAAAGUUCCUUGAUCGCUCUAAGACUGGGAUUGUGAUGAUGGGGGAUGUGAUCGAAACCACGAAAUGA